AUGGCCCUGGUUCUCUUUGGCAUAACAGCCCUAGUCGCCUACUUCAUUUACCGGCUGACUCAAAAGCAUCCAAAACUCCCUGGCCCGAAACCAGUUCCUAUUCUCGGCAACCUGAACGACUUCCCUCCAGAUGGCGUGCCCGAAUUCCAUCACUGGCUGGCCCAUAAAGACCUCUACGGCGGAAUCAGCUCUGUGACCGUUCUCGGCACGACACUGGUCCUAAUCCACGACAAGAAAACAGCACAUGAACUGCUAGACGGGCACUCAAACAAAACAUCCGGCCGACCAGAUAUGCCCAUGGCGAACAAGCUAUGCGGGUAUGAGAACAUCGUCCUGUGCCAGAGUUCCAGCCCGACCUUCCACCGGUAUCGCAAGUUCCUGCACCGCGAGCUAGGGACUGCGGUCUCUGCAGCGCAAUUUCGAGGUAUCCAGGAGGUUGAAGUAAACCGACAGCUUAUGCGUGCGUUGAAUGAGCCGGAGAAGUGGUUGCAGCAUUUCAAGACGACCGCUGGCGCUACCGUGUUGAAAAUGGCAUACGGGUACACCGUUGAACCCCACGAGCCAGAUCCACUGGUCAGCCUGAGUGAUAGAAUGAUGACCGAGUUCUCACAGGCCGCUGUGCCGAUGGCGUGGGCUGUUGAUGUUCUCCCUGCUCUGCGAUAUCUCCCUGAUAUCCUCCCCGGUGCGGGAUUCAAGAAGACAGCUCGCAAAUGGCGAAAAUCCAUCCAGAACACAGCACACAUCCCAUACCAAUUCGUCCGACAGCAGAUGGCCACCGGUGCCCACCAGCCCUCCUACGUAUCGAAACUCAUCCAACAACUCGAGCACGAAAACAACGGCACCCUAAGCCGGACAGACGAGCACGCCGUCCUCUGGACCGCAGCAAGUCUCUACGGCGCAGCAUCAGACACAGUCGUCAUCUCCCUAACAGCCUUCACAGCAGCAAUGACCAUAUCCCCCGCCGUGCAGCGCAAAGCCCAAGACGAACUCGACCGCGUCGUCGGUCCAGACAGACUACCAACCUUCGACGACCGCAGGAACCUGCCCUACAUCAAUGCCCUGGUAAAAGAAACCCUGCGCUGGUGGCCCAUUGCGCCUAUGGGCUUCCCACACACGACAACAGAGGAUGUUGAGUAUAAUGGCAUGCGUAUCCCGAAAAACGCAACCCUUCUCCCCGCUGUAUGGUCGUUCCUGCACGAUCCAGCCGUGUACCCGGACCCGUCCUCAUUCAACCCAGACCGUUUCCUCCCGCCUCGUAACGAGCCAGAUCCGGCAGGGGAGAUAUUUGGGUAUGGGCGUAGGAUAUGCCCGGGCCGAUUCUUCGCGGAUGCCGGUCUGUACCUGAACAUCGCGCGCUCGCUGGCUGUGUUUAACAUUAGGAAGGCGGUUGGUGAGGACGGGGUGGAGAUUGAGGUGGAUGUUAGGCCGACACCGGGGAUCCUCACUUAUCCGACGGCCUUUGGGUUCCGUGUUGAGCCGAGGGGUGAGAAGUAUGUAGAGUUGAUUCGGGGUGUUGAGAGGGGGAUUGGGGGGGUUGAGGGGGAUGCGCAUUUGUUGGAGGGUUUGGAGGGUUGUGGUUGA